AUGAAGUCCCACGUGCAGGUCUUGACCACGCCUACGGUGGACUCACCUGGCACAACGCUGCUUCUGCAUUUCGAUAACAAGCGGUACCUGAUUGGAAGCUUGUCAGAAGGCACACAGCGGGCGUGCAUUCAGAUAGGCGCGAGGCUGCUCAAGGUUUCGGAAUGCUUUUUGACUGGGCGUACGGAAUGGAAGAAUACCGGAGGCCUGAUCGGGAUGAUCUUGACUCUAGCUGACUCUUCUGCUGCAAGUCAGGCGAGCUCGCUAGAGGAGGUGCUCAAGAAGGCGAAAAUGAAGGCAAAGAGGUUGGGUGUGGCCGAUGACCCGCAGAAGAUGAGAGAGCUGGAAGAUCAGGCUAAGAAAGAGAUGAGCAAUACCCUUUCGUUCUUUGGCCCGCCAAACCUGAAUCACACCUUGGCCACAGCGAGACGCUAUGUCUUUCGAAAAGGAAUGCCGGUCAACGUGCAUGAGAUUCGUGAUAGUGGACUGCCAGAACGGCUUCCACAAGAGAACGAAGAGUGGAAGCCGUUUUGGGCAGAUGAGAACAUCAAAGUGUGGCCCAUGUCUAUCUCGCCUAAAGCUACAUCUUCCUCGCAGAGUCCGCCUGCGUCCAUCAGUCCUCGUAAGCGGAGCUUUGACGAGAUGCACGCAGAUGGAAAUGGUGCAAUGACUGCUGUGGCUAGCGAGCUCAGCCAGGAAGAUCGCGACUAUCUAACUGUCAAGGCGAUAGUUGGUGAGAUGUUCAACUCCUCAUGGAGACUGGACACGCUCUACGAGACUGCACUUUCAGACGUUAAGCUACCAGCAACCAUAUUCGUUCGCAACGCCGAAACGAACAAGAUUGAGAAGUAUACCGGUCCUCUCCCCGGCGAUGCCAAGAACCCGCCUUCGGAUCCUCAGAUGAAAGUGCUUGUACGACGACCAUGGCCUGGUGCUCUUAUCGAGAGUCUCCCUGACAAUAAGCCUGCAAAAGUGGCCAUCAGCUACAUCAUCAGAAAUCACAUGCAGCGAGGCACGUUCCGACCAGAGCGUGCCAAGGCACUGAAAGUGAAAUCCGGUCCUGAUUACUCGAAGCUUGCGAAAGGCGAGAGUGUCAAGAACUUGGACGGAGAGACGGUGACCCCGGAGCAAGUCAUGGAUCCACCUCGGGUCGGCGGUGGCAUCGCAGUAGUUGACCUGCCCGAGCCAGAGUACAUCGAAAAUCUUGUCCACCGACCUGAAUGGAGGACGAAGCAGGUCAUGGAAGGCGUUGGAGCUAUGAUAUGGAUUUGUGGCAAGGACGUGGCCAAAGAUCCAAAGCUUCAUGCUUUCAUGCAGGAAUUCCAGCAUUUGAAGCACAUCGUUUCAUCACCUGAUUGCUGUCCAAACAACAUAUCUCUUGAUAGUGUCGCGGGGUCUACUAUUCGGUUGAAGGAGGUCGAUCCAGAACGCUAUAUCGUACCUGUCCACGACGACCCUUUAUCGUUGCAAACCAGGCAAGUUGGCGAUCAGAAGACAUCCGUUGCUAACACUGCGCAUACUUUGCCCGAAGCAGUACAUGUAGCGCAACGAGGGCAGGUGGUCCAACUCGAACCUGCUAUUGAAAUCCAGAGUAAAGAAGUUGUUCCAACCCUUGAUGUGGCACAAAUUGUCUCAGAAGUCCCUCAAGACGUUAUGGAUGAAGCUCGAAAAGCGCAAGAGGCGACGAAGACGACGCCUGAAGACGUACAGAAAUGGCUUGGCAAAUUACCGCCUGAUGCCAAAGAUGCCGAAGUCAUCACACUCGGAACAGGAUCUGCCCUACCCUCGAAGUAUCGCAAUGUGUCUUCAACACUGGUUCGCGUGCCCGGCUGGGGCAACAUUCUUCUGGACUGUGGCGAGAACACGAUUGGUCAACUGCAGCGUGUCUUCCCAGCUGAGGACUUCAAACAAGUUCUGCGCGAGUUGCGAUUGCUUUGCAUUAGCCAUAUGCAUGCAGACCAUCAGCUUGGAACGACCAGUGUGAUCAAGGCUUGGUAUCAGGAAGUUCACAAUGGAAAGCCAGCCGCACCUGUAACCCCAACUCAGGACUGGAAGGAGAUCUUCGAAGAUCAGCGUCUCGCCAUCAUUUCGGAGCCGGCCAUGCAGUAUUGGCUGUACGAAUACAGUGCGUUGGAGGACUAUGGCUAUUCUCGCCUCGCACCACUCUCUAUGACACCUGCCAAUCUGCGAACAGGACAGCCAUCGCGAAUGAGCUGGUUCAUCCCACCUUCCGAAUUGAAAGGUCUUUCCAAGAGUGAUUAUCAUGCUAAGCUCGACGAACAUGUUAUCGAUCAUAGCUUAUUGAAUCUGCAAGACAUUCAAGCUGUUGCUGUGCAACAUUGCCAUGGAGCGAGAGCUAUCUCGAUCACUUUGCCAUCCGGCUUCAAAGUCAGCUAUUCUGGAGACUGCAGGCCCAACACGCCCUUCACCCAGAUCGGCAAAGGCAGUACGGUCUGUAUUCACGAAGCGACAUUUGAUGAUGAAUUGCAAGGCGAUGCGGAGGCAAAGAAUCACAGCACCACAUCCGAAGCUUUGAACGUUGCACAGAAGAUGGGUGCCAAAGCCUGUGUCCUCACUCACUUCUCGCAGCGCUAUCAGAAGGUGCCAGUCCUAGAACGCGCAGACGAAAGCGAAGCACCUGCAGAAGAGGAUGUCGAUAUGAGUAACGGUGCCAUUGAGCCAGUCGAAGACGAGUCUACAAACCCUGAAGACGCCAUGGCUGGACCAUUGGAAGACGUUGCAGCCACAUUCCCGGACCAAGAACCUUCGAACGGCGAUGGUGGAAAGCAAUACGAUAUCCCGAGCAAGAAGCAGGCGUCGAGGUCAUUCGGCCAGAGUGGCCCACCCGAAGCCGUCAAAUUCAAACUCCAAUCUGACAUGAAAGUCUGUGUCGCUUUUGAUUACAUGCGUGUCAAAGUCGGAGAUAUCUGGAAGAUGGAACACUUCACGCCUGCUUUGCUGAAGCUUUUCGCGGAAGAAGAGAAAGAGGUGAAGGAGAGUGGUCAGGAGGGUGGAAGCGCGAAGAAGGAUAAGAAGAAUAAGUUUGGUAAGAGUAAGAGGAAUAACUGAGAAGAUGCAUCGUGUCAAGGACAGCAAUUUUCAUUUGUGCAAGGGAGAUCGACGUUAAUGCCAUGAUCCCGCAAAUCUGGCACCGAAGAGCAGUGUUAAACACUGGAAUCUUGGUCCACAUGAAGGGUCGCCUUAAGCUUAAUGGCUAUCCUGUAGAUCAGGCAAUGAAUGGGCACCGGGGAUGGCAUUUUCGCGUUGUCGUCGCAGGAGUCAUCGGGACUUUUGCCUGAACGGACUAUUUGCUUGCAUUUAGAAUCAAGGGGCGAGAAAAUUUGUACAUUCGUUGCUCUGGCUUUAGACCCACCGAAUGUGCAGAGAGAGAAGAUGAGAGCGUUGCUUUGGGAUGCAAACAUUAUCUGGG